AUGAAGUGCUUCGCUGUUGCCACUCUAGCCCUGGCGGCUCUCACUGAGGUUGCUCAGGCUCAUUACAUCUUUGAGUACCUGACUGCCAACGGUGCCAAGGGAGGUCUCUUCCAGAACAUCAGGCCUGUGCCCAACAACAGCCCUGUUACCGACCUGUCCUCCAACAACCUCCGCUGCAAUGUCAACGGAGGCAGCGGCAGUGGAACCACGACUGUCUCAGUCGCUGCUGGUUCCAGUGUCUCUUUCACUGCCGACCAGGCCGUCUACCACCAGGGUCCCGUCACCUUCUACAUGACCAAGGUCGACUCCGCGGCAUCCGCAGACGGCUCCACCGAUUGGUUCAAGAUCAAGGAGAUUGGUCCCGAUUUCUCCGGUGGCGACGCCAAGUGGGACAUGAGCACCACCUACUCGGUCAACAUCCCCUCGCAAAUCGCUGCUGGCGAGUACCUGCUCCGCAUCGAGCAGCUCGGCAUCCACAACCCCGGCAGCCCGCCUCAGUUCUACAUUUCUUGCGCACAGCUCAAGGUCACUGGUGGUGGCAGCGGCAAGCCUUCUCCUACCACCAAGAUCCCCGGCCACGUCAAGUCGACCGACCCGGGCUACACUGCCAACAUCUACGCCAACUUCAAGAGCUACACCGUUCCCGGACCCAAGGUCGCCACAUACUAG